GUCAAUGCUGGGGAAGAAGAGGGCCCUGACCUCUCUCUGCUGCCUGCACUGGCAGCUGCUGCUGCUGAAUCCGGGGCUGUCUCUGGUGUGGUGAUUGGCUCGCUUGCCCAGCCUCCUUGGCAGCAGCAGCCGCCUGCGCUGGUAAUCCCACCCCAGGGGCCAGCCCGCUUCUCUCUCCCUCUCUCAUUGGCGUGCUCCCCUUUCAAUCCGGCCAGCAGCAUUUCCUGGGUAAGACAUGGCUGCAGGGAGAGAAGAGAGAGAUGCAGCAGCCGCACCAGUCCUGAGCCCGGUGGUGGACUGCAACCCACACCAUAAUGGAGGCCAGAAAAGCAAGAAUUUCCCGCCCACACAAGAUAAGUGAAUCCUCGAAGGUGUACAGAUGGGCUGACCACUCCAGCCUAGUUCUUCAGAGCCUGAACGAACAGAGACACCAGGGCCUGUUCUGUGACAUCAUUCUGGUGGUGGAUGAGCAGAGAGUGCCUGCCCAUCGGAAUAUCUUAGCUGUCUGCAGUGACUACUUCAAUUCCAUGUUCACCCUUGGCAUGCGCGAGGCCUACCAGAAAGAGGUCGAGCUCUUUGGAGCCUCCUACAUUGGUCUCAAAGCCAUCGUGGACUUUCUUUAUGGCUGCGACUUGUCCCUCGACGGUGGAAAUAUUGACUACAUUUUGGAAACGUCUCACCUGCUGCAGAUCUGGAAGGUGGUUGACUUCUGUUGCGAGUACCUGGAGAACGAGGUCAACGAGGAGAACUACCUGUACCUUCAAGAGCUGGCUUCUAUCUACAACCUCAGGCGCCUGGACUCCUACAUCGACUCGUUCAUCUUGAGGAACUUUGGCACUCUGUCCUUCACGCCGGAUUUCCUGCAGAACGUUCCCAUCCAGAAGCUGUGCCAAUACCUCAGCAGCUGCGACGUCCAACAACAGUGUGAGCACGACCUACUGCAAGCCGCCCUGCAGUGGCUGACGCAGUAUCCGGAAAGGGGAAGUGAGGCCUACCGAGUCUUGGAAAACAUUCACUUUCCCUUGAUACCAAAGAGCGACCUUCUACACCGCGUCAAGCCGGCCAUCUGCUCGCUCCUCCCGAAAGAAACGAACUGCGAGGGCUUCGUCGAAGAAGCUGUCAACUAUCACAACAACGUCGCAGCUCAGCCAGUCCAUCAGAACACAAGGACCGCUCUCCGGACCAACGAAGAGAAGCUGCUCUUCGUAGGCGGGGAAGUCUCAGAACAUUGCCUGGAGUUAAGUGACGAUACUUGCUUUCUGGACACCAAAGUGGGACAGUGGGUGAGGGAAACGCCGCUCCCAGCCAGGCGAAGCCAUCACUGCGUCGCGGUGCUUGGGGGCUUCAUCUUUAUCGCAGGAGGGAGCUUUUCACGAGACAAUGGUGGGGAUGCGGCGUCUAAUCUUCUAUAUAGGUAUGACCCUCGGUGUAACCAGUGGAUAAAGCUUGCCUCCAUGAGGCAACGUCGGGUGGACUUCUAUCUGGCAGCCAUCAAGGACAUGCUGGUGGCUAUUGGUGGGAGGAAUGAAAACGGGGCGCUCUCAUCCGUUGAGAUCUACAGCCCCGAGAAAGAUGCGUGGUCAUACGUUGCAGGCUUACCCAGGUUUACGUACGGGCAUGCUGGUGCAGUCCACAAUGAAUUUGUUUAUAUCUCGGGUGGCCACGAUUAUCAGAUUGGCCCUUAUCGUAAAAAUCUGCUCUGCUAUGAUUACCGCACAGAUGUGUGGGAAGAGAAGAGGCCAAUGAUCACUGCUCGGGGGUGGCACAGCAUGUGCACCUUGGAGGAAAACAUUUACUCCAUUGGUGGCAGUGACGACUACCUGGAAACGAUGACCCGCUUUGACAUUUUGGGCGUGGAGUCCUACAGUCCACAAUGCAAUCAGUGGACCAGGGUAUCGUCUUUGUUGCAAGCCAACAGUGAAUCUGGUGUGGCUGUGUGGGAAGGAAGGAUCUAUAUCCUUGGCGGUUACAGCUGGGAAGAUACCGUCUUCUCCAGAACUGUCCAGGUGUACGACAAAGAGAAGAACAAGUGGCAAAAAGGGACGGAUCUUCCGAAAGCCAUUGCCGGGGUUUCCGCUUGCGUCUGUGCCCUCAAACCCAGAUCGGAUGAUAAAAAGAAAAAGUCGAAAACGAAGCGGCAUCAGGAUCAAGAGAGAUGAAAAACCGGGGGGGCAGAUCAGUCUUGGAGAAGGAAUAUAAAACCUCUACUUUAUCUUUUUCGCCUUCUUUUUCUAAUGUUGAGAACAGUCUUUCUAUCGGGAAAGAUACAAUGAAGGUUUCUUCUUCAGUAGGGCAGAGGGAUAUCCUGUGAUGAAUUCAUCUACUGUAGUCCGAGUGUGAGCUGGAUAUUUUGCUGUUGACUAACCAUUAUGCCCUACAGAUGUGGCUUCUCUCCUUCCUGGGACUACCAUGCUCUCACAGUAUCAAGUCCAUUCAAGAUAAUAAAGCGAUCAACUUUGAAUAUGGCAGCUGAGGACGGGCAAAUCAUCUAUUUGAACACAAAGGAGAAAAGCAGGAGGCUGUCCUAAAAGCUGAAAUGAAGUUGCUUCUGCUGCGGAACAUCAAAGACCCUUUAUUGGGGUCUCAUUUGCCAGAUGUAGCUACAAGUUGGAGGUACGCGUUUAACCCAGACAAUGUCUUGCUUCAUCAUCAAGCCAGAGGAAAGGACACGAAGUGGAAGAAUGAGUGUCUUGCGUCCCAUCUGCAACAACCCUGAGUAUUACAAGCCGCAUUUGGGACAUCUGAAAUGGGCCCCUAAACUUGAAAGGGCUGUUCCUUUAGAACAAUUCCAGUAACAGAUGGUCUGUAUCCGGGUCCAGCAUGGCAAAUUGCUCACUAACACAUAUUUGGUGAUGGAGUUCAGCCCGUGAAUGAUGUUGUCUCUGCUCCUGGGGUCCCAAGGGUGAGAGCGGGGGCUCUGUAGACAGGAUAGGAGCCCCGGGGGCGGGGGGCGUAUGAGUUCUAGGGGAAUGACAAACUUUGGCUGCUCCGAAUCUGUGGGAUCAAGGAGGCCAUCGUUGGGGCAAGGGGUCUCAGCUGGGGUGUGCUCCUCCUCCAGCGUUGGGUCUCCUCCAGGUUCGGAUUCCGGAUGGGUCCUGAAACCGGCCUGUUAAUUGCAACUUUAGUAAUUAGGUCAGUUACUGAAAACAAACAGUUGAGGGCUUGCCCCCUGUUGUAUCAGGGCCCUUCCGCUGGGCUGAAUGGUCCAUCUGUGUCUGUCGGAGAAUACCUUCGCUUCGUACACAUGUACUACUGUUUCAUUCUACGAGGCUUUAAAGGCCAACACUCAGACACUAGAAGGCCAGAAAACCCUCUCAUCCCAGUCCAGACAAAGGGAGUUUUUAAAAAAAGAUUUUGGGGAGUGGCUUUUAUAUAUGUGUGUGUGCGUGCUUUUUUUAUGAUGACAUAUUUUGUUAAUACCUAGCCUGUAACUUGUCAUAUAGCGUGCUAUUUACUCUUUAACAUUUCUACUGCAUAAUUAUAGUCCCAUUGCUUCUGUCAGGGAGCUCAUGAUUUGGGGGCUUUUUUUCUCAGCCUGUGCUUAUAGCUUUAUUACGAAAUCCUGCCCCCAAAGAAGUAUUUACGAUCCCUAGUAUUACCAGACAAUUGGCGUCCAUUGAAACUUUAAUGGAUGGUCUGUUUGCCAACCUACAGAAAGGCAAGUAUGUGAACAGUCACACUUAGGGGUCUUUCACAAGGGCCCUCGGUGACUCUGGAUUGGCUUAAUGUGUAUUUGUCCUAAAAGAUUACCAGAUUUCGCUCCUGCGGGUCAUACAUGUACCUCAGUGUUACUUAGAUUGUCCAUUGGGCUAGUCCCAUCCUGUGGCCUUGAAUCCCCCUUCUAACUCUGCUGGCAAUCACAUACAGCCUGUUCCUUUCAGACACUGCACAGGCGGCAACUAUUUUUUAAAACAUAUUGCUUGUGUGUGCAUCUGUAGUAUCAUUUCUUUAAACAAAAAGGAUUCCCAGACUGGGAUUUCAGUUGCGACCAGAAGCAAAAGAGAAAGGCAUUGCCAUGGUUUGGAGGGUGCAGCCCUAGUGGGCCAGUUGAGGAGGCCUCAUGAAGCCUGUAGGCCUCAAAUGUCGUCCUGAGGGGAAAGCGUGACUCUCUCUGAAUCUGAUAUUUGUUUCAUUCCAAUCAUUUUUCUCUUUGAAAAUUAGGACUUUGGGGUGUGUUGAAGCAAUGACAUGACAGCUUUGCCUCACGUCCAAUGUCAACCCAUUUUGAGUCAUGUGGGAACCAACUGUCAUGGCCGCCAGCACCAGGUGGUCAUGGGAAAGACCCAGCCUAUGUUGACUUCUGGAGUGUCUACUAUCAUAGAUGCAGGCAGGCUUUAAUCAUGCUGCUGCUAUGAAAGCAACAUUUUGUUGGCAUUUUGCACCAAAAAAAGCUGAACCGUGUGCAUGGCUUGAAUGCACAGGCAAUUACAUCACCAGGGCUUGGAAGUCAAUAUGGGCAAGGUUUCCCCAUGAUUUUAAAUUGGUCUGAUGGGCUACAGUAUCUCAUUCAGGCAGGGUUCUGAAACUUGGGUCCCCAGAUGUUGUUGGACUACCACUUCCAUCUUCCCCAUUGUGGCAGGAGAUGAUGAGAACUGUAGUCCAACAACAUCUGGGGACCCAAGUUUCAGAACCCCGAGUUAAGGAAUUUCAUUCCAUUUAGUGGGGGCCACUUGCUCAGACAGUAAGCGACAUAACUCGGCAUAAAGCAAAACUUCCUUGUUUGUGAUGAUUCUCGGAAAAGGUUUUAACCUGCCCCAACAAAGGGAAAAACUUGAUUAAUUCAGGCUGCUCUUGUUAAGAGACUUGUUGGGUUUUCAAAAGAGAAAGAAAACUGGUCUCCAAUAGCUACAGUAACCCAUGCAGUAGAAUUCAUAUAGAAGAUAUCUAGAGUAGACUGCUUUUAUAAACUCUUUUCCUGUGCAAACACACACACGCAGAGGCCUCUGUGAUUAUUUUCUCGAUUCUAUUUCAGUGUUUUGUUAUGCUUUUUUUAACCACAUGAUUGUGAAUUGGGAAUUCAGACAAUAAACCAUUUCCAAAGAAGAUGCUA